AUCGCCGUCACGCCGUCGCCGCCGGCGCGUUAGCUCCGGCCUGAGCGCAGCGGUGCACCCCACACCCCCAUGCCGCUGCGGCGCGGGGCCCGUCCUCUGUGCGCCCCGCGGGCGGCCGCCGGUGCCUUCUGCCGCGGCGCGCUCCCCCGCCGGACCUGCCUGCUGCGGCCGGCCGCAGCCGACGGAGCCGGCCUCAGUUACAAGAUGAAAAAUUCUAGAUGGAAGCCUGUCUUUGCCUUGGAAACAGGUGGACCAUCAAACGCUGAUAGCCAGGACUUUGAAGACGAUGGUGGCUUUCUUGGAAGAACAAGGCUGGGCAGACUCAUACAAGCUGCUGCGAGGGAACUACUUCAAAAGCUAAACUCUGCCAGAAGCAACUCUCCCACAAAGAUAUUCCUUGUGCUCCUUGGCUUCUAUACUGCCAAUGCGUUGGCAACAAUCCUAGGGCAGACCGGUGAUUGGGAUGUUCUUGUUGCUGGUGUUGUAGUGGCUGCCAUUGAGGGAAUUGGCAUGCUCAUGUACAAAAAACCGGUUAGUAGACCUCCUGGGCGAUUUCAGUCAUUGAUUUCAAUGGUGAACUAUUGGAAAGCCGGCGUAUGUCUGGGUCUUUUUGUGGAUGCCUUCAAACUGGGAAGCUGAGUUUCCAAAUCACCUUCUUAUAUUGAUUCAGAGAGCUGGAAAUGACACAAGGAAUGAACUCCAAGGCUCCAAGCUGCUCCUGACAUGUUGUAUGCAGAUAGAUAUGCAGUGAAUAUUACUUCGGUUAUAAAAUGUACAUAUGAUGAUGUAGUCUUCUAUGAACUUCCUGCAGUAUUACUCUAUGCUGAUGUCCAUCUGUUGCUAUAGACAAAUAAUGAACCCUGUUAUAAGAUGACACUGUGGAUGGCUAUGUUGGCACCAGGCACAGCAUUUAAUUAGCUUCAUCUCUCA